AUGUUCCCGAGCCCUGUGACCAGUACGCCUUUCUCCGUCAAGGAUAUCUUGAGUCUGGAGCAUCCCAGCGGCCUGGCCUCCCUAGAGCUCUCGGCCUUGGGGUCGCCCUCCUCCUGCAUGCUGGCCACCUUCAAGCAAGAGUCCUACCCGGCAGAGGACGCCCCUCUCGCCGAGGCCCCGGCCGGCCUGGCCAAAGGCAGCGGCAGCACUUUCCCCGGCCCUUUCUUCGCCAAGAGCUACGUGGAGAUAGAACCGAGCAAGGAGCCGAAAGAGAGCAAAAAAGAGCUCUGCGUCCUCUCGAAGUCGCUGGAGCAGGAGAAGCGGGACGCCGAAGAGGCGGAGCGGCCCCGGCAGAGGAAGAGGCGGAAACCCCGCGUGCUUUUCUCGCAAGCGCAAGUCUACGAGCUGGAGCGCCGCUUCAAGCAGCAGAAAUACCUCUCGGCACCGGAGAGGGACCACUUGGCUAACGUGCUGAAGCUUACCUCCACUCAGGUGAAGAUCUGGUUCCAGAACCGCCGCUACAAGUGCAAGAGGCAAAGGCAGGAUCAGAGCCUGGAGCUGGUGGGCAGCAUCCCGCCGCCUCGCCGGAUAGCCGUGCCGGUCCUGGUCCGCGACGGGAAGCCCUGCCUGGGAGACUCGUCCCCGUACAGCUCGCCCUACAACGUCAGCCUCAACCCCUACAGCUACAACUCCUACCCGGCCUACGGCAGCUACGGCAGUGGUGGUGGCGGCGGCGGCACCGGGGCAUGCAACGCCAGCUAUAGCUGCAGCUAUCCGGCCGUGCAAAGCGUCCAGCCUUCGGCCGCCGCCAACUUCAUGAACUUCAGCGUCGGGGACUUGAACCCGGUGCAGACGUCCAUCCCGCAAGGGAACGGCGGCCUUUCCGCGUUACAUGGCAUCCGAGCCUGGUAG